AGUCCCGCCCCCGCAACCACAGCGGUCAGGGGAGGAACUGGAGCGGACGGGCAGAGCGCUGGGGGGCGGCUGCGCGCUGUCACUCAUCUGCGGGGUGGAGGAGCUCGUUGGGGCGCAGAGGGGCCCUUCCCGAUCCGAGAGAGGUGCGACUGACAUGGCGACGGGCAGGCCGUGCAUCGUGAUCAGCGACGAGGAGCAGGGGUACGACCUGGACCUCUUUUGCAUACCAAAGCAUUAUGUUAAUGACCUGGAGCGAGUCUACAUCCCGCACGGCCUCAUCUUGGACAGGACGGAGCGGCUGGCGCGGGAGAUCAUGUGCGACAUGGGGGGUCACCACAUAGUGGCGCUGUGCGUGCUCAAGGGGGGGUACAAGUUCUUCGCCGACCUACUGGACUACAUCAAGGCCCUGAACCGCAACAGCGACCGCUCCAUCCCCAUGACCGUGGACUUCAUCCGACUCAAGAGCUACUGCAACGACCAGUCUACGGGGGAAAUCAAGGUGAUCGGCGGCGACGACCUCUCCACUCUCACGGGAAAGAAUGUUUUGAUUGUAGAGGACAUCAUAGACACGGGGAAGACGAUGAAGACGCUGCUGCAACUUCUCAAGCGGUACAAUCCGAAAAUGGUGAAGGUGGCCAGUCUGCUGGUGAAACGGACGCCAAGAAGUGUGGGCUAUAGGCCAGACUUUGUAGGAUUUGAAGUUCCAGACAAAUUUGUGGUAGGGUAUGCAUUAGACUACAACGAGUACUUCAGAGACCUAAACCACAUCUGCGUGAUCAGCGAGAGCGGGAAGGAGAAGUACAAAGCGUGACAGCUCUCCCUCUCUAGCUGUGUAAAAUUGUAAUCUACGUUAUUGAGGAUGUCGUACGUUUUGUGUGUUUUUUUCUUUUUUUUCCACAUUUGUAAAGAUAAAUUAGUAGGAGCCCUUGAAGCCCCUCCCACGACACCCUUUAAGCGAAACGUCGAUACCUCACAUCUCCCGGUGUUCGAUCUCGCGGUGGCCUGUGUUUCGUGGUCCGAUUCACGUCCAGUGGAGUGGGGUGGGGACACACCCUUGUGUACCAGCUGGACAGCUUUAUUAAAACAACAAAAGAGACCAUGUUUUAGCUGAUGUAUUCAGGGUGGCUUUUAAAUUGUUUGUUUUUUUGUUUCCCCAAAGCAUUGUGUCUAAAUAAAAUAGGCAACGUGCUGGCUGACUCGCUGGCCGCCCGGGACAGCGACACUGAGCCAGGCGGAAAGUUCAUCUUCGUGAAAAGAGAGGAGACUUAACGCCAGCUAUUAAUUUAUUUCAUAGAGCAAGAAGAAAAAAAAAAAAAAAAUGACUGAAUUAACUUUUGGUUCUUAGCUGGCAAAAGACUUUAUUGCAUGCUGUUUUUUAUUGAACAAAACAUGUAAGGUAAAAAAAAAAAAAAAA